CGUUUCACAGCCUCGAGCUCACCGAUAACUACCCUCGUGCUCCGUCAUUCUGAGGGGGUUUUAGCCUUCGAAUAGACAAAAGCAAAUCAAGAACACGCCGCGUUGGAAACUUAUAGCGAACAGAAUGGGGAAAGUUUGCAUUACAGCCACCAAGUACUUUCUGUUUCUCUUCAACCUGCUCUUCUUUAUUUUUGGAGCCUUGAUUAUGGGUUUCGGACUCUGGAUUCUCCUGGACAAUCAGAGUUUCCUUGCAGUUUUGCAGGACUCGUCCACGGCACUCAAGGUGGGGUCCUACAUUCUGAUCGGAGUGGGCGGCUUCUCAAUGCUCAUGGGCUUCCUGGGAUGCAUGGGGGCCAUUUAUGAGAUCCGCUGUCUGCUUGGCCUGUACUUUGCUUGCCUACUCAUCAUCCUCAUUGCUCAAGUGGUUGCCGUCGUCCUUAUUUAUUUGCAGCGGGACCUGCUAAGGAAAGAGGCAAACAACAUCGUGAGCAAAGUUGUGGCAAGCUACCAUGGUCAGAACAGGACAACGGAGCAAGCCUUGGACUACAUCCAGCGAACUAUGCAGUGCUGCGGAUGGAACGGCCGCCUCGACUGGUCCAACAACCAGGUGAUCAUGAACAGCUCCCAGAUGCUGUACCCCUGCUCCUGCCGGAACACCUCCAUCCCUGGAGACAACGGCACAGACAGUGGCUUCUGUGAGGCGCAGUCUCCUGACUGGCCCAUUUACAACACGGGCUGCAUUGUCAGUGUAGAGAGCUGGCUCUUCACAAACUAUGGAGUCAUUCUAGGAAUCUGCCUCGGGGUGGCCGUUAUCGAGCUUCUUGGCAUGAUCCUGUCCUUGGGCCUCUGUAAGAGUGUACACCAAGAAGACUACACCAAAGUGCCAAAGUACUGAGGAAGACACACACACAUACACACACACAUGCAUGUAUGCCUACACAUGCCCAUGCAUGCACUCUCACACACACAAAAUUCUGACACUUUUUAUUAUGUAUUUGUUUGCUCAGAAAAAUAAAUAAAUACCACAUGAAAUGGGGCCAAAAACAAAUUAAGCUUUAUUCUGCAUUAGAAAUGUCUUGGGAUGCCAUUUAUUAUUUUGGAUAGCAGUGACGUUUUUUGUGUUGGUCCUACACAAUAGUGGUGUAUGGUAACCCUGUGCAGAGUACCUUUAAGUUCGCAAAAGGUCCUCCUUUCUUCAAAGUGCCAUUUCAGCAUCCGAACGUGCGGCAGAAUGUGCGCCUUCCUGUUUAGAGUGUUGAGAGAGGCCUGCAUCAAGGUCUGCUGACUGGUCUUAGUUCUGAGAUACUGUCGUAAAUGUGAUACCAAACCAGGCUGGUGGGAGGUGGCAUGUGCCCUCUCAGGUUCCGCUGUUGCCCCUUGACACCCUGGGCCACUCAGCUCCGACUGCCACAUUGCACAGACUCACAGCUAACAGCAUCUAUAACAUGAUGGUUCUUCUUUUUUCUCAUUUUAAUUUGUACAUCAGUGUUUUUUUUUUCAUUUCUGUUGGGGUUUGUUUUUUUAUUAGUUUGUAUAUAUGUUUGGCAAUGCAUUAAUUAGCAUGUUGGUUUUAAGUUUAGGAGAGUCAGUGACACUCGAGUAUUUCGUUGUUUUUUGUUUUUUUUUAUUGUACAGACUGCAUAUUUUUAAAAAAUCUUGGGCUUUUUGUUUUUGGGCUUUGGUCAUUAUCUUUUAAAAGAGAAAUUGUAGAAUUAAUUGAUGAUGAGAACCAUAUUCUGUCAUAUAGUUGGCCAAAACGUAAUGUAACCCUCACUCUUAUACCACUGCCUUGCUUUGAUCCUAAUCGGUGUGCGUUUUAAGACACUGCCUAGUACUGAACGUCUUGUUUCUGGCUUCUUGUAACUCCUUAUGUUUUAUGAAAGCAGAAUCUUCAAAGUUGAUGUCAUCUCAUUACAUGUGUCUGGACUGUGCUCGAUGCAGAGGAGAGCUAAAAAAGCACACUAAAAAUCAUUUUUGGCAAAAUAUUUCACAUUGUUAUUCUAAUUCUUUUGUAUUUGACUAAAGUAAAUGGGCCAAGGACUGUGGUCAGGACCCUCGCUGCAUUUUUUCUUUUAAAGGGAAAGAAGGGAUCAGACGUCCUGAAAACUAAAUUAUUUUGAUUAUGAUCAUGAAAAUCAUUCUUACUUCUUGUGAUACAUCGAAAGAAAAUCUGUUUGUUUGAAACUUUUUAUAUGCUUGGAGUUGCCUACCCUCUUGACCAAGUGUGAAACAAUUUUAUGAAACAGUUUGACUGUUACACUUGAUGUACCUGUUAAGUUCUUUCUGUUACAAUAAAGUGAACUCACCCGG